GCCAACUAGCCGGCCACCUACCAACCCCUCAAACAGGUUAGUGGUCAGUCCAUUUCUCCAAUAAAAACACUGAUUUCACUCUUACCAUAAUCCAACUUCUCACAUUAUCAUAUUCGACUGCUCUUUUUUCUCUCUAGCCAUUCAAGGGGUGCCCUGAGAUCACAUACAAAAAUGGUGAAGGCUGUCGCCGUCCUUAACAGCAGUGAAGGUGUUAGUGGCACCAUCCUCUUCACUCAAGAUGGAGAUGCUCCAACCACAGUUAAUGGAAAUAUUUCUGGCCUAAAACCUGGACUUCACGGCUUCCAUGUCCAUGCCCUUGGUGAUACCACAAAUGGCUGCAUGUCAACAGGACCACAUUACAAUCCUUCUGGUAAGGAGCAUGGUGCUCCUGAAGAUGAGGUGCGCCAUGCUGGUGAUCUUGGUAACAUUACAGCUGGAGAAGAUGGUACUGCAUCUUUUACUAUUACCGACAAGCAGAUUCCUCUCACUGGUGCACAAUCCAUCAUUGGAAGAGCUGUUGUUGUUCAUGCUGAUCCUGAUGAUCUUGGAAAGGGAGGACAUGAGCUCAGUAAAAGCACUGGAAAUGCUGGUGGAAGGAUUGCUUGUGGUAUUAUUGGCCUUCAGGGUUAAUUACUCCUGUGCUGUGGAGAUUCAGCAACUAGCGGCGGAGGGUGUGUUAGAAUAAAGUUUUAUUGGAGCGGCUGAGCUUUGUUUUCUAUGUAGUAUUUAUCAUGUGAUGCCUUUUGUUUUGGGGUUGAACCAAUCAUACAUGAGAACAGCCAGUGUAUGUUGUAUAAGUUUUUGCCGACAGUCAUUAACCAUAAUAAACGUAAUCCCUUGGCUUUGCUGGUA